AUGGCUCAAUUAUCAUCACAACUCGAGAUCGUCGUCUCUAUGACGGAGGCAGAGUCAGCAUCCCUUAUCAAGUCUACUGCGACUGAACAGUGUCCUGAGGACUCCGAAGUAGACGAACUUGCUGAAUUACUAGAGCAUCUGCCGCUUGCUAUAGUACAAGCUAUGUCUUUCAUACAGGAGAACGCACUAACGGUGGGUGAAUAUAUCGAGUUAUACAAUGACAGCGACGAAACUCGGAUGGAUUUACUAUGCGAACCAUUUGAAACUUUAGGGAGGGAUACGGAGGUCUCAAAUGCCCUUGCUACGACGUUAAUGGUCUCCAUCAACCACAUUAAAGAGCGAGACACCAAAGUCAUUGGGGUCUUAUCGCUGCCUGCUUUCCUUGACCACUCUCAUAUUCCUAAGAGUUUACUUCAAAAACAAUUAAAGAAGGCACUGGAUCUCGUCAAGACCCUAGGCACAUUGAAGACACUCUCCCUUAUAACCCCUAGCAGGGACAAAGACAGCUUUUCGUUGCAUCGGUUGGUGCAACUAGUGUUACGUAAAUGGCUGAUAAUCAAGGACGACUUUGAGGAGAAGGCCAUUCAGGCUAUGGAUAUCUUGCUGGAGCGUUCCCUGUCAACCCUCAGGUUUAUUCCAGAACUGCAUGGAGAGGGCUUGAAGAAGAGGAGGUUGCAUCUUCAAGAAGGUAUAGCUUAUUGCCUGUGGUCACAGGGCCGCUGUAAUGAGGCCGAGGAACUAGAUAUUCUGAUAUUGGAGGAGAAAAAGCAGUACUUUGGUAGGGAUCAUCCAGAGACCUUGGAGAGUAUGGCUAGCCUGGCAUCGACAUAUCAAAACCAGGGAAGGUGGUCGGAGGCAGAAGCAUUGGAUAUGUAUAUUGUCGAAACAAGGAAAAAGCUGCUGGGGCCACGCCACAAUCUUACUUUGACUAGUAUGGCAAACCUAGCCUCGGCCUAUGAGUACCUUGGCCGACUCCAAGAGGCAGAGACUCUGAGAGUGGAAGUUUUAGAAGAGAGAAAGUCCAACUUUGGGGAGGAACAUGACAGCACGAUCGGCGCUAUGGCUAGCCUAGGGGCUCUCUACCUUGACCUAGGGAAAAUGGAAAGCGCAGAGGUUCUGAUACGACGUUCCUGGAGUUGGAGAAAAAAUUAUGGCUCGGGGCACCAAGUAACUUGGCUGAGCGCUGGCACCAUGGCUCAGUUGUAUAGAGCUCAAGGAGAAUUCCAAAAAGCAGAAGACUUGAGCAUCGAAACUAUUCGGACAAUCGAGAGCGCUCUAGGGCCGAAUCAUUCCCUAGCUGGAAAACAGGAUUCGGUCCCAUAUGAUAUGCUGGCCAGAAAAGAUAGACUGGCAACGAUAUAUUGGAACAAGGGACUCGUGAGAGAGUCCGAAAUUCUCGAGAGGGAACUGUUCAAAGAAAGCAUUCAAAAGCUAGGUCAGCGCCAUUCUCUCACAUUGAAAUGCAAAUACUCUGUGGCAGUAAUCCUAAACCGUCAUGGCCGAGAAGCAGAGGCAAUCCAGUUGUUGGUCGAGACGACGAAUAACGAGGAAGUACUUGGGCCUUUCCACGAGAACACUCUGACAUCUAUCGGGACACUGUCGGAAUGGUGUGGCGCAGACAAGGCUAUAAGCAUGCUUCUAGAAGCUCAGGAAGCCCGGGAUAAAUAUUCGCACGUCACAGUGGCCUGGGAGUCUAUCGUGAACCUCCUUCAACAGAUGGAAUUGGGGUCAUGCGAAUCGGAAUAUCUCCUCUGUAAAGGCCAAUCCUCCGAGCCAAAGAUUAAAUGGAUACCGGCGGAACCUUCCAUGACCCUUAAAACAGCCAACAGUUUGUCCGGGACGCAGUACCAGCAGAAAAAGGAGUCGGAUGCCGAGAUCAUGCGAAGGAAACAAGCAAAUGCCGACGCAGCGAAAGCCGGAUCCGAUAAAAAGAAAUGA